AUGAAGCAGACGAUCGCGUCUACAUCAUCUAACCACUCAGAGAUAUUGGCAAUACAUGAGGCUAGCCGCGAGUGUGUGUGGUUACGGUCCAUGACCAACCAUAUACGAGUUGAUUGUGGGAUGACCGAAGGCAAGGACGCACCAACCGUGAUGUAUGAGGACAAUGCAGCUUGCAUUGCUCAGCUUAAGGAUGGCUACAUCAAAGGAGACCGGACGAAGCACAUACUGCCUAAGUUCUUCUUCACGCACGAGCUUCAGAAAGCCGGCGAGGUCCAAGUCGUCCAAGUGCGUUCCAGUGAGAACUCAGUCGACCUGUUCACCAAAUCACUUCCUACCUGCACGUUCAGAAAACUCAUGCAUCAGAUUGGGAUGCGUUAA